CUCCUUCUCUCUCUCUCUCCAUGCCGACCAAAAUGGGAACAUGCUGCAAGGAGAAAGGGGUGUUGGUGAGCGUGUACGUGGAGAAACCGAAGAGGAGGACGUUCUCAAAUCACCGUCACCAUCACCAUCACCACCAUCACAAUAACCAUCAUCAUAUUCAUCACACCAUCAAGAGAGAGGUUGUUCAUUACAGGCGUGGUGCUGAUGGAAGAGGGUACAUUAGUAGGAGAGCUGAGCUCCUUCAGUACUCUCAACACCUUCGGCAAUCUGCUAGAUCAGCACCAGCUGCUUCCACAGCCUUAAAUCCAAGGCCUAACCAUACCAAUAGUCAACAAUCUCAUGCCCAGAUUGUUGCUGUCCGAAGAAAGCCAAAUAAGAUUUCGAAAGCACCAAUCUGCUUUGGCAACUGGAAAAUCCCGGGCAUGUUUGGAUUUUUUACAAGUUCACAAGCUAAGAAAGACAGGAAGACAAGAACAAAGCGUACUGGCUCUACCACCAGCAACAAAAUAAAAGCUGUUAUAAAAAGCUUGAAGGUGCAAAAGCAACGGGGAGUCUUUUCCAAGAUGUUCUCAUCUACAAAGCGAAAGUGAAACUUUAAGUUAACAACCUAUGUAAUUUUUUUUUACAAAGACCAUUUUUUCUUGUAAACAAGCCAGUGAAUCGGCUUUUUGGCUCAUC